UUUUCUAGAUUAAAUAUCUUCUUUUAGUAUGCAGGAUAAAAUAGCGUUAACGAUAGCUGAAUUAGUAAGCGAACAAGUUAAACAAGGACUAAAAAAUCACGUAGCAAUUCUCGAAGACAGUGUCCUUAAUGCAGUACGUUCAAGAGCUGUGACUCCUUCUCCACAUGUAAUUGAUACUCAGUUUCAGCUGGUUCAGAUACAGCAGGCAUUAGCAAAAGGACAAAUAGACGUGGCAUUUCAACAGGCCCUGUCUGCUUCAGACUUGUCUCUAGUUGUCUAUGUGUGUGAAAAAGUCAAUCCUCAAGAAGUGUUUGGACUGGACAAGUGCAUUUUACCGCAACAUGUAACUCUGUCGUUAAUACAGCAAUUAAGCGCCGAUUUAACAAGAAACACAGAAUUAAAAUACAUGUAUCUACAAGAGGCUCUAUUGAAUCUGAGCACAUCACAUCCGUUGACUAAGGAUCACAUUCCUGCCAUUUUAAAAGAACUGUUAAAACAACUCAACAAUUUCAUCAUGUCAAACUCUACGCACAAGUGCGCGAGAAACAUGCGUAUGCUUCAGAUGAUAACGCAAUCUUUGCUUAAGUCGUAGUUUUUAUUAUCUAAAUAAAUUCAAGUUAAAUUCUUAAACUUUUUUUACUAGUAUGAUUUUCUUAAACUUGUACGACUGACAUUGUGUUAAUACAUGUAUACAUAAGAAUAUGUAAUAGAAAUAUUUUCCAUUCUUCAUGAUAGAUUAAGAAUUUAUUUUUGAUUUAAAUAAAUAUAUAAGUAUUAAAUGUUUCUUAUUGCAAUUACGGUAAUUAGAAAAAAAAAAGAAAGUCGUUUUUAAUAUUUCAGAUGCUAUUGAAUUAUUAGCUGUACCUGACUAGUGAGUUUUAUUUUUCUAAUAAUGACUCAAUUUACUGUUGCUUUUUCCAUAAUAGCUCUCUAAAGAAAACGUUUACUCCACCAAAUUAUUUACCCUUGCAUAAGUACAAAAAAGUAUUGCAUUCCAACGUAACAAGCGAGCAUUUAUGACAGUAUCAUUUGAAUUAUAUACUUUUCCCAUCCUUUUAUUAUAAAUACCGAAAAUAUAUACGACAAUCUUCGAUGUAACUUGAAAAGAAAAAUACGAUUUUGAAAAAAUUAAAAGGAAUGAGUGUAAUAAAAAAAAAUUUUCUACUUAAAAUAUUUAUGUAUCUUUCAUUAUUAGGUAAUGUAUAUAUAUAUAAUGUAUAUUUGGUAUCUGCUGUACAUCGAUAAAUAGUAAGUAGUAAAUAAUGAAACAGUUUUUUUUCUUUGCAAAGAGGUUUCGUUACGAGUGUUAUUGACAUUGAUCUAAG